CCACUCUCAGCAACAACAACAACGAAACCCAAAACUCACCAACCAUGCCGCCGAAGUUGGACCCAAGCCAGAUCGUGGACGUCUACGUCCGCGUAACCGGAGGAGAAGUCGGAGCGGCCAGCUCCCUCGCUCCCAAAAUCGGUCCCCUCGGUCUCGCCCCCAAGAAGAUCGGAGAAGACAUCGCGAAGGAAACCGCUAAAGAGUGGAAAGGCCUCCGCGUCACCGUCAAGCUCACCGUUCAGAAUCGUCAGGCGAAGGUAACGGUCGUUCCGUCCGCGGCGGCUCUGGUGAUCAAGGCGUUGAAGGAGCCGGAGAGGGAUAGGAAGAAGGUGAAGAAUAUUAAGCAUAAUGGGAACAUAUCGUUUGAUGAUGUGAUUGAGAUCGCGAGGAUCAUGAGGCCGAGGUCGAUUGCGAAGGAGUUGAGUGGGACUGUGAGGGAGAUUUUGGGGACGUGUGUGUCUGUUGGGUGUACUGUUGAUGGGAAGGAUCCUAAGGAUCUUCAGGGGGAGAUUCAGGAGGGUGAGAUUGAGAUUCCUGAGAAUUAA